AUCAGGCUUCUCCUCGAAGGAAUCGACCCCAUCACCUCCCUCCUCUUUAUCUCGGAGCCGCCGCCGCCGCAAACCCUAACCCGGGUUACGAUCUGGCCCGACGACGACGAGGGGGAAGAAGAAGGGUGGGGGAAGCCAGAUCUGAGCAGAUCCGACGGCGGGGAAAGGGGAGAUGGUGGUGAACGGCCGGCCGUUGAAGAAGGCGAGGACGCGCGUGGAAGCCAGGGACUUCGCGGGGUUCCCGGCGGCCACGGACGGCGGGGCGGUCGGGACGUUCCGGGAGGCGGUGAGGGGAUUCCUCGCGAGGUACGCGCGGCUGCUGCCGCUGCCCUCCAUCUUCUCGCCGGCGGCCGCGGCCGCCCCGCCGCACCUGUUGACGUGGAGGGUGUCGCUGAAGGUCGGCGAGGAUGGGGAGGAGGACGGCGGCGGCUGCGGCGUGGAGCUCAACGUCGUGGAGGAAGAUGUUCUCAGAUCGCGAUCUGUGUAUUGUGAUCAGUGCAGAGUCGUAGGAUGGAGCGGGCACCCCGUCUGCGGGAAGCGCUACCAUUUCAUCAUCGAGAAUGACAGCAACCAGAUGUCUGGCCGUCGCCGCACCUGCUGCCUCCGCUGCGGGACUGCCAUGGGCGCUGCAGAAUCAAGAUGUCUCUUGUGCAACUUUGAUAUGGAGGGCGAGGAGCUGGAGGAAUGCGGGUACCUGCAUCCGGAUGACUCCUCUCACUUGCUGCAUGCGGUUGUGCAUGCAAAUGGAUAUGGGCAUCUGCUCAGGGUAAAUGGCCGUGAAGGUGGGUCAAGACAUCUUACCGGCCGGGACAUAAUGAGCUUCUGGGAUCGAUUGUCCAAGGUGCUACAUGUGAGGAAGGUCACUGUCAUGGACAUAUCCAAGAAGCAUGGAAUGGACUACAGGCUUCUACAUGCUAUCACAAGUGGCCAUCCAUGGUACGGUGAAUGGGGGUAUAAGUUUGGCGCUGGUAGCUUUGCACUUACCUCAGAUACAUACCAAGAGGCAGUUGAUAUGCUCUCUGGUAUACAUCUGGCGCUGUACUUCUCACACCGCAACCCCAUGAGAACCCCUUUGCAGAACACAAUUGCUCUGUACUGGGCCCUUUCUGAUAGACAGCUUAUGACUGUGCGGGACCUCUUUCGGUUCAUAAUGCAUCUGCUUCAUCAAGCUUGCAAGAAGAAUGAGAUAUCAAAACCCACCAUAGAGUACAGAGAAGUUUCAUCGAAUGUGCUCUGCAUGUGGACAAAGGAAGAUAUUGAUCGAUCAGAAGCUGCGAUGCUAAAGAUUCUCCGGACUGUCCAACCUGGACGCUGGGUGUCCUGGCGGGCACUUAGGGGAGCUGCAUCAAAGGCUGUCAAUUCACAGGAGCUGCUUGAUUACUCUCUUCGAGGGUUGCCUGGAAAACUGAUUGAUGACGGCCAUUUCAUUGCUGUCCGCUGCAAUGCUGAGACUAGUGCAAUUGAAUACAGGCUGGAAACAUAUUCCAAUCAGUCAACAGUUAAUGCAACUGUGUUUGGACCCUCUGUUGAGCAUCUUGUGCAUGAUCUUAGAUUCCUCUAUGAUGCUCUACUAAACCCAGAAACAAUGUUGUCGUCGCAACCAGAGGUGGUUGGUGCAUCAUCACACAGUGCAGCUGCAAAGAUUCUUGACUGCAAGCAGUUCAUCAAACACUAUGAUGAGUGUGACCCACAAACUCCUUCGAACCCAUUCCUGCUUUCUGUGAAGUGCACCAUAGAACUGCUUGACCACCCAAAGGACUAUACUGCACCUCCGGUGGAACUUGUACUUUUACCAGCAAGUGCUACCCUGGCUGAACUGAAAAUACAGGCUGCAAGGGCCUUUCAAGAAACGUACCUCAUGUUCCAAAGCUUUCAGGCUGAACAGCUCCCUGACUUCUUGAACUUCAGUGACUCAACCCCUGUGAAGCAUGUGCUUGGCUCAAGCCAGCUUGUUAGGGUAAGGGGACGGUGCACAGGUGAUCACCGUAGGAUUGUGCAGUUCAGGAUGGAGAGGGGUUUGGAGAACUGGACGGUGGACUGCACAUGUGGCGCCAAGGAUGACGAUGGUGAGAGGAUGAUGGCAUGUGAUGUUUGUGGAGUCUGGCAACACACCAGAUGCUCAGGGAUCAGCGAUUUUGAAGAAGUCCCAGAAAAAUUCACCUGCAGAAAGUGUGCCAGUCCACGUAGAGGAAAAGGUCGUGGUGGUGGAGGUGGCGGGAACAGUGGCGGCAGAGUGGAGGUAGGCGCUGCUGGUAGGUGCAAGGACGAGAUAGGAUCGUCUGUUGGCGGUGCUGGCAAAUUUGGGCGCCUAGCAACUGUUGGGUGACUGUAUAUAAUGUAGUGAAAUGUAAAUACUGAGAUCGAGUGAGGUGCACCUCUCUGGACCUUCAAGUCGUGAAUGGAAUCUUGUCUUUCUAACCAGUGAUGUCAGUUCUUCUG